UUGUGGUCAUCGUUGCUGUGCACAUAGUUCACACACGACAGAGACAUUGACAGCGGGUCUCGUGUGUGUGCGCUCUGUUAAGCGGCCCUUUCAAUGCGACCGAGGGGAGUGGUGGUGAGGUAAUGUGAUGUGCACUCAAGGUCGGCUCGUGAUUGUCGCCUUGGACCUUCGCCUCAGCCAUGGCGGACGCUAUGUCCUCCUUGCCGCUUCCAGAUCCAGAGGCGCUGCGCGAGUUCUGGAUCAGUAAACUCAGGCAAUGGCGCGAAGAUGCGUCCAGCAUCGGAUCCAAGUUUGGGCAGACAUACUCGCGCGCCGCCCAUAGCUUAAAGAACAACCCACUGCCUUUCAAGCACAGCAGCGAGCUUACGCAGCUCAAGUUUAUUGGGAAGACCAUUGCAGAGAGACUAGAGGAAGAGACAGCGAGAUGGUGCGCAGAGAAUAAGUAUGCUGUUCCCGAGAAACCUGCACCCUCACGCAAGCAAAGGGCAGCUCGCGAGCAGCGGCAGCAAGAAGCGUCGCAGCACGAAGACGAGUUGAAUUCAUGGCCCCAAUCGCAAGGGGCAGCUGCAACCGCCAAGCGCACACAACACGAUUCCACUGGCGCGAGCGGUGCUGCCAGCACAGCAGCCAGCAGGCUUUCUCACACUUCUCUGAGCGACAAGCUCGACGAAGCGGUGAAAGCGGGUGUGGCGAGACAGGACAAUGGGAAAGACAAAGAAGUGGUUACAGGGGAUAAAGCAAAGGAGCGGCCCACGAUGGGCUUCUUGUCGGAUAGCACCAGCGCAAGCGAGAGCGACUCAGGGUCAGCGCGCAAGGAAGUGAGAUGGCCGAACAAGCGCACCAGGAUGGAGCAAAGCGCGAUGCACCUCGAUGCAGUUGAUGGAGAUGUUGAUGGAGGCCUAGAAAAGCGAGCUGCCGCGGCGGGAAUGGAUAUAGUAAACGGAAAGGCACUGGAACCAGCGCCCGCGCGACUGAAGAAGCCAAGGCCGCCCAAAGCUCCCAACAUCUACAUCCCUGCACACCGCUCAGGAGGCUACGGUAUCAUGCUAGCACUCUGGUCUGUGACGCGUGACGCAGAGGUGUUCGCGACGGGCGGAAGCUCCUACCUGGAUGAGGAGGACUCCAACACGUUCCCAGUCAGCGAGACGUGCAUCUCCUCCGAGGCGAACGAAGUGUACCUGCGUAAGAACGAAAUCAUCGGCAUCGCGCAAAAGUGGUGUGACUUGGAUUACCUACUCGCGAGCAGGGGCAGCAGCACCGCUGUUGCUCCAGGUGAUUUUAACAGCGCCAACGCGGGUGACGUCGGCGGUGCCGCUGCCAGCGGGGGCGGAGGGGCCGGAUCGUUCAGGACCGCAUGGAGCAGCAUGAAGACGCUCAUCAAUCGCGGAUACGUCUACCAGACCGGCAACCCGCCCCGCUUCUGCCUCAGCGAGGAGGGCAUGCAAGUAGUCAAGGGUAUGGCGCAGGUCGCUGGUCUCAGGAGACCUCCCGCGGGCAUCGGCACGAGCACAGAGGCGCCACUUUCGGCUGCUGCCGAUGCUACUGCUGGCAGCACAACAGUAAGUGCUGCGCCCUUGCGCUCAGAACAGAGGCACACGAGCAAGAAUAGACCGAGAGUACGAGGGAGUCGCAAUAGCGAGGACAAGGAUGACGAUGACUUCGGCGAUAGCAUGCAGGUGUCAGCUCAGCGAAAGGACGCCGUUGGGUUCCCAAAGCGGUCUGGACCAAAGCUCAUGCUCCCGGCGACGCGGCCGGCGUCACGCUCGCAAUCACCUAUGGCGCUGGAAACCAACCCUGUACCCGCACUGACUCGCGCUGUCGCCUCUGCUCCCACUACUGCUUCUGCGUCUGUGCCACCGCCAGCAUCCGCGUCAGCACUGCCACCGACCUUCGCGUACAUGUAUCUCUCGCGCACCUCUGCGCUUGUAUUUUCACGGGCUGAAGCGGCCGUGCGUCUGUCGGAUGUCGACUACACGACGACGUACGCUGUGCUCUUUGCGGAGCGCUCGCGCGAACACUCGAUCGUCCGCAGUGGCGCGAUUGAGAAGGUCGGUAGCGCUUUGCCGAUGCUCGCUGCUGGUUCGUCAGCGCAACAGGGCUUGUGCAAAGGCUGGAUCAGGGAGGAGGCAAGCAAUGAGCGCGCACCGGGACUCAGCGUCGGCGUCGGUCGCAGGCAGCCUGCUGCGCUGGCGCCUGCUGGCGCCUCUGCACGCGCGAAAGGCGGCGACGCCUCUCGCAGCGCAGGCCAGCCUGUCACGGUCAUCCUAGACGACACAGACGAUGAGGAUGCAGAUGCAGGCAUCACAUCACAGGCUCCUCCCCAUCGGAUGCAGAUGCAGCGCUCGACGGCGGUCGGCAUCAGUAACGUGGAAGAGGAGGUGGUGGAGACAGUGACGAUCAGUGCUGGUUUCUUUGAACUCAAAGAUCGAAGGCAAAACGUUCCCACUGGCGGCUCCCAUCCCGAAAGACAAGCUCCACCUGUUACAAGGGCGCCGCGAUGUGCUGUUUCGACGGUGUCGCCCAUUCAGGAUGCAGACAUGCUCGACGACGAGAUUGAUGAUGACGCAGACCUUUUCGUGGAGUUCCAAUGCCAGGAAGAGCAGCAGUCGAAGACGAUGGAGUCUCAGGCGGAGGAGUCGCAGGGGAUCCAGCUCGCCCCGCGGGGCCUGUACACAGGUCUGUACGGUCAGUCGCAAUCAGAAUCGCAGAGAGAGCGGCAGCAACACAAUGAAAGCGCGAGUGCCAGCGCCACAAAGAACAACUUGCAUCGCCGGCCUAGACUCUCCGGUGUCCUGCCUCCGCCAGCAAUCGCUAUCAGCUGGCAUAACGCCAUCGUCCCUACAGCAUCCAUAUCGCGCAACAACAGCGCUCUUGGCACGAACGCAUCGGCAGCUUCCACGCGCACCGCAUCGGACCAUGAGCAGACGGUAGCCGAGCAGCACGGCUUCAAGCCGCCGCAGUUUGAACCCGUCAUUAUGCCAGCAGGGUCCUUCAGUAUCCAUUUGCUGAUCGACACGCGCGAAGUGCGCGCGCGUGGCCAGCAGCCGUCACGUGCGAACGACUUUGCGCAGUCGCUGCAGGCCAUGGGCAUCCUCGCCGAGUCGCGCGCUCUGCCGCUGGGUGACGCCGUCUGGAUCGCGCGGCGCAAGGAUGGCGGUAAAGGCGAGGAGGACGAGGCGGUGCUGGAUUUCAUCGUCGAGCGCAAGCGCCUGGACGACCUUAACAGCAGUAUCAAGGACGGGCGCUGGCGCGAACAGAAGUUCAGGCUGUCCAACAGCGGUCUCUCGCACGUCGUCUAUCUUGUCGAGGACUACGAUAUCGACCAGCAGUGGAGCUCGUUUGGUGAGAGUCUCCAGACGGCGCUCAGUUCGACGCAGAUCGUGGACGGCUAUUUUGUUGAGCGCACUGCAGACGUCGAACAGUCGCUACAAUACCUCACCUCGAUGCACACCGUUGUACAAGAGAUGUGGGAGAACACCGACUUGUACAUCCUGCCCGAUUCUGCCAUUAGCCGGCACACGUACCUCGACUUGCAGACGUACCUUCGUCGCACGCACCCACAGCUGACCUACCUGACGAGCUACGCGUCGUACGCCACACUCAACGCAAAGAGCGGGUCGUUGACGGUGCGCGACCUGUGGGCGCGAAUGCUGCUCUGCAUCAAGGGCCUCAGCGCCGAGAAGGUGGCAGAGGUGCUGGACCUAUGGCCGACCCCGAUUGAUUUCUACGAAGCGUGCUUGGAAAAGGAGGAGGAGAUGCGCAACGGAGUCGACACGGGUCCGGCUCCCCGUGGACCCGCCAAAGGGCUCGACGCGGGACAGCGGAUGCUGUUCGAGCACAUCCAAGGGCCGGAGCAGAGGCGCAAGAUCGGCGCGGCGCUCAGUGUAAAGGUGUGGGACUUUUUCAUGAAGAGGCAAUAUGCCACCGCCUCGGGCGUUGGAGAUGGGCAUUUGUAGCAUGCACUGGUAUGCUGUGCAGGAUGCUGGGUGGAUCUAAUAUGGGAACGGCGGACUGGACUCUGUGUGAGAAGGCCAAUGUGCAGGCUUUCAAGAGAAACUCGUUUUCACCGCGGAGGUUACGCUUAUACCUACACACGGGGCGGCGGAUACGACAGGUGCCACCGUGGCGAAGUCUCACGUGUUUACCUCCCCGCGCUUUUGGCCUCCUUUUGCGGAACUGCGCGCGGCGGAACAGAAGCAGGAUAUACAGACCCUGUUAGACGCUGUGUACAUAGCAGCAGAACUACCUCUUCGGGCUACGCACCGUAGUUGCCCCCGCAGGAAUGCUGUACUUCGUACGCCGAGUGGAUGGACAAGAGUCCUGCGCUGCUUCACAAGGGGUGAGCGUGGCUAACAUGCAGGAGUAUAGAUGGAGCAUGUACACCAAUUCGUGUCGCUUUCAACAGCCAAACGCAAAGCCAUAUU